AUGGCUGCUGUUGUAUUUUGACGUAUAAUAGACAGCUACUUUUCUUUUUGUUACACUCUGCCUAGAAAACCAGCAAACGAGAGACUUCCUGGAGGAGCCGCGUCUCUCCGACCUCAGCCCACUUCAGUCCUCGUCUCUAUCUUGAAGACAAUCGAGACUGACACGUAUUCGUUGAACGACUUCGACUAUGCAUAUUUAGUCCCAACACAGGCUAGCUAGCUGGCUCUGGCUGGCACACAGUGAGGCAGUUGAAAGUGAAAUAGCUAGCUAACUUAGCUGCGAUGGAGGAACUGAGCGCAGAUGAGAUUCGCAGAAGAAGGCUGGUGCGACUGGCAGGGGGACAGACUUCACUGCCCAGCACCCCUCUCAGCACACCCCUGACGUCCCCACAGAGAGAGACUCCACCGGGACCCCUCCAUGGACCCUCAGGGGCCGCACCCCAGCCCCUGCCACCAGCUGCCUCCCAAUCAUUGGGGCUGAAUGUCCACAGUGGUACCCCUGCCACAUCCCCUAUGGGCACCUCUGGGGUGGUGUUUGGUAGUCAGAGCAGCGAGGGCGUCAGCUCCCUGUCCAGCUCCCCCUCGAACAGCCUUGAGACUCAGUCCCAGAGUUUGUCCCGAUCGCAGAGCAUGGACAUCGACACUGCCUCCUGUGACAAGAGCAUGUCCCAGGUGGAUGUGGACUCAGGGAUAGAGAACAUGGAGGUGGAGGACAGCGAUCGCAGGGAGAAGAGGAACUUGACAGAUAAGGAAACCUCUGCAAACUCUGAUGUCUCCGAAGAACAGGCUCUGCAGCUCAUUUGUAAGAUCCUCCGCGUAUCGUGGAAGGAACAGGAUAGAGAUGUCAUCUUUCUCCCUUCACUGGCGACAGAGUUCCACCAGAACCCUAAAGAUGCAUACUCUGACUUCAAAGACCUCAUCGGCCAGAUCCUGAUGGAAGUCUUAAUGAUGUCCACCCAGUCACGUGUCCACAACCCCUUUGCGAGCUUGACCGCCACCUCUCAGCCAAUUGCAGCAGCCAAAUCUCCUGACCACCGACUGACGCUGGUGCAGCCCUCCAGCCUCGGUGGCAGUCCCAUGGGCCCCAGUGCGGGAUCCUUUGGUGCCAGCUCUCUGUCCAGUCUUGGUGCAUGUGGAGGGGGGAUGUCCUGCGAAUCGGCCACCGACCGCUUCACCAUUGAAGCAUGCAAAGAGACGGAGAUGCUGAACUACCUCAUUGAGCGUUUUGACAGUGUUGGCAUGGAGGAAAGGAAAGCUCCCAAGAUUUGCAGCCAACCAAAUGUCAGCCAGCUUCUCAGUAACAUUCGCUCUCAGUGUAUUUCUCACGUUGCCCUGGUCCUGCAAGGCACCUUGACCCAGCCUCGAAGCCCUCUCCAGCCGUCUCUGCUGGUACCUUAUAUGCUGUGUCGGAACCUUCCUUACGGUUUUAUUCAGGAGCUGGCACGCAUUACCCACCCCGAGGAAGGAGUGUUCAGACAGAUCUUCAUUCCUAUCCUCCAGGGGCUGGCUCUAGCAGUCAAAGAAUGUUCUUUUGACAGUGACAACUUUAAAUUCCCGCUCAUGGCAUUAGCUGAACUUUGUGAAAUUAAGUUUGGAAAGACUCACCCAGUGUGCAGUUUGGUAACGUCGCUGCCUCUAUGGUGUCCCAAACCUCUGAGCCCUGGUUCUGGCAGAGAGAUCCAGAGACUGUCUUACCUGGGAGCCUCCUUCAGCCUCUCUGUGUUCGCUGAGGAUAAUACCAAAGUAGGAGACAAAUAUUUCUCUGGCCCAGCCAUCACCAUAGAGAACACACGAGUUGUCAGCCAGUCAUUGCAGCACUACCUGGAGUCAGCAAGGGGUGACCUGUUCAAAGUUCUUCAUAACAUCCUACUAAAUGGAGAGACGCGCGAGUUAGCUCUUAAUUACAUGGCAGCUUUAGUCAAUUACAAUGUGAAGAAAGCUCAGAUGCAGACCGAUGACAAGCUGGUGUCUACAGACGGCUUCAUGCUGAACUUCUUAUGGGUGCUGCAACAGCUGAGCAUGAAGAUCAAGCUGGAAACUGUGGACCCUUAUUACAUUUUCCACCCAAGCUGUCGCCUUGUUGUCAGCUCAGAGGAAACGCGUCUAAAGGCCACUAUGGAGGAGCUGAAAAGCUGGCUGACUGACUUGUACGACGACCCCAACAAGUUCUCAGAACCCAAGUUCCCCACAGAGUGUUUCUUCUUGACACUGCACGCCCACCAUUUGUCUAUCCUGCCUGGCUGCAGGCGCUACAUCCGCAGGUUGCGAGCUAUCCGUGAACUAAACAGGACUGUAGAGGAGCUGAAGAGCAGUGAAAAUGCUUGGAAAGAUUCUCCCCUGGCCAGUCGACACAGAGAGAUGCUCAAGCGCUGUAAAACCCAGCUCAAAAAACUGGUGCGAGCCAAAGCUUGUGCUGAUGUGGGCCUUCUGGAUGAGAACCUGCUCCGCAGAUGUCUGCAGUUCUACAGCACAGUUAUUCAGCUAAUUCUCCGCAUGGUGGACCCUGCCUAUCCCAACAUUAACCUGCCACUGAACCCUGAGAUUCCCAAAAGCUUUGCUGCUCUCCCCGAGUUCUACAUUGAAGAUGUGGCUGAGUUUCUGCUUUUUGUUGUGCAGUAUUCUCCCCAGGUUUUAUAUGAGCCAUGUGUCCAGGACAUUGUCACCUUCUUGGUGGUGUUCAUCUGCAGUCAGAACUACAUCAGGAACCCCUACCUUAUCGCCAAGUUAGUGGAGGUGCUGUUCGUCACCAACCCUGCUGUACAGCCCCGUACUCAGCGGUUUUCUGAAAUGAUGGAGAACCACCCAUUGUCCAUCAAACAGCUGGUCCCUGCCCUCAUGAAGUUCUACACAGAUGUUGAGCAUACCGGCGCCACCAGCGAGUUCUAUGAUAAGUUCACUAUACGGUACCAUAUCAGCACGAUCUUCAAGAGUCUGUGGCAGAACAUUGCCCACCAUGGCACUUUCAUGGAAGAAUUCAACUCUGGAAAGCAGUUUGUGCGCUACAUCAACAUGCUGAUAAACGACACCACCUUCUUGUUAGACGAGAGCCUUGAGUCCCUGAAGCGUAUCCACGAAGUUCAAGAAGAGAUGAAAAAUAAGGAGCAGUGGGAUCAGCUACCGAGGGAGCAGCAGCAGAGCCGCCAGUCCCAGCUGACUCAGGAUGAGCGGGUGUCUCGCUCCUAUCUGGCCUUGGCCACAGAGACCGUUGAAAUGUUCCACAUCCUCACCAAGCAGGUCCAGAAGCCUUUCCUCAGGCCUGAGCUGGGGCCUCGUUUAGCUGCCAUGCUGAACUUUAACCUCCAGCAACUCUGUGGGCCAAAGUGUCGGGACCUGAAGGUGGAGAACCCUGAGAAAUACGGCUUUGAGCCCAAGAAGCUCUUAGACCAGCUGACCGAUAUCUACCUGCAGCUGGACUGUGCCCGUUUUGCUAAAGCAAUUGCAGACGACCAGCGGUCGUACAGCCGUGAGCUCUUUGAAGAGGUGAUCUCAAAGAUGAGGAAGGCUGGAAUCAAGUCAUCCAUCGCCAUUGAAAAAUUCAAGCUGCUGUCUGAUAAGGUAGAGGAAAUAGUCGCCAGGAACUCCCAGUCUGAGAUGGACUACAGCGAUGCACCUGACGAGUUCAAAGACCCACUGAUGGACACACUGAUGACUGACCCUGUGAUUCUACCUUCGGGGAACAUCACGGACCGAUCCAUCAUCCUACGCCACCUGCUCAACUCCCCAACCGAUCCCUUCAACAGGCAGCCGCUCACAGAGAGCAUGUUGGAGUCAGUCCCAGAGCUGAAGGAGAGGAUCCACACCUGGAUGAGAGAGAAACAAGGCGGACGGCCCUUUUGAGGACCGCACGCCACCAACGGCUGAAACGUUCUAACCAUCAUCAAGGGAUCGUCCAAAACGCCUGAAUUUAGUCUCACUACUACCAAUGACAACUAAAAAACAAUAUGAAUGGGGGAAAAAAGGAGACCUGAUUUAAGUUUUUUUAUUUGCAUUUACCCUUUUUGUCUCAAAACCAUUAUAUGGUUCUAAAAAUAAAACAUAAUAAAGUUAAGACUUUUAUGCUUUUUUUUUCAUGAGUUUGUGUAUAUAUAUAUCAAAAUAUAUACAUAUAUUUAACAAGAGUUAGUUGACGCAUUUUAAUGCUGCGAGAAUAAGUUUCCACCAACAGGUUUACUAGGGAGGUGCAUACAUCCACUUCACUGAUCAUUUUCCUUUAAUGUUCUCAUUUUGUUUUGUAAUACUGUGUACAUCGGCUUCAUUAAAGACUUAGAAUUAUUUGGGGUGGGUGGGCGAUACAUUUGGGAGAGUGAGGGUGGGUUCUGAUGAAAUUGCUGGCUCCCUUUUGAGUUUUAUCUAUGAAGACUGUGACAAUUUAAUGAAUUUGAGUCCACAAAAUGUAUGUUGGUGUCCCAGAGCUAACACACGCACAGUUUGUGCUUUUAGAUGAAGUUCAGAACUGGGAUAUCCAUUGAGGAUGUAGCUAAACAUAAACUAAUCCUAAAUGUUAGCUUCCUUUUGAGUAUAGUAAGAAGAUGAGCAGUGGUUUACCAAGAUACAGUAUGUUCAGUUGUUCCUUUUAGUCAUAAUUCCUCCCUGCGGACUUUAAUUGAGUGAAUUUACUUUGUGUGUGUGCAUGGCCUCACGUCCAGAUCCUCAGAAGCGCCUCGUGGACAAAUGACCCUCUCUUAAGUGAAGUGAAUGGAUCAUGAGAGAAUGUAGCAUGAACACCACAACCACCAUCGUAGGAGCACACCAUCAAACGUCUGGUCUGCAGAGCCACUGACAUCUCACCUCAACAUGGUCUCUUCAAAAUGGCACUGUACCUAACUUGACCUUGUUGACCUUAACUGUACAGGAAAUGAUUUCCUUUAAACACGAACCUGUUUUGGAAGCUAGGAUUUUGAACUGAAAUAAAUGAUGAUGCACAUUA